AAGAAGAUUUUGAAAAAGAUCUGGACUUGAUGUGUAGUAAUGCAAAGGUUUAUAAUAUAGAAGGUUCACAAGUACACAACGAUGCCAUAACUAUACAAAAAUUCGCACGUAAAUUGUUAAGAGGAGAUAAGGAGCAGGAUAAGUCUGUUAAUGGUUCAACAAAUCUUGAAAAAAUUGAGCACAAUGGAGAAAUUUAUCAUGUUGGCGAUUUUGUUCAUAUAUUUAAUGAAGUUGAUCCAGGUUUGCCUAACAUUGCUCACAUUCAGAAAAUCUGGGAGAAUAAAGAAGGUGAUAAAUUUUCUCAUGUGUGUUGGUAUUAUCGUCCCGAACAAACCAAACACCAGGCUACUCACAAAUUUUAUGAAAAUGAAGUAUUCAAAACAAGCGGAUUUCUCGAUAUUUCUUUCAACGAUGUCGUCGAAAAGUGUUACGUUUUGCAACACAAGGAUUAUAUUGCAGGAAGACCAGAAGGUAGUGAUGGUAUGUCGGUAUAUCUUUGUAAAUCUCGUUAUAGUGAACAACAAACGAAUUUCAUCAAAAUAAAAAAGUGGCCGGGGAAGAAAAUAAAUCUUGUUAGAUAUGAUAAACCAUUGGUUCUAAAAAAAGUUGAGAGUGCAUUGGCGGCGAAUUUUAGAAA